AUGGCUAAACUGACGGCACUUCGGCUCGUCAGCCUUCUUUGCCUUGCGGCUGCGCAGGCCUCUGCUGCUGUGCUCGUGGAAAGCCUCAAACAAGUGCCCAACGGGUGGAAUGCAGUCUCGACCCCAGACCCUUCGACAUCGAUUGUCUUGCAAAUCGCCCUCGCGCAACAGAAUAUCGAUGAAUUGGAAUGGCGUCUCGCGGCUGUAUCCACGCCCAACUCUGGCAAUUAUGGCAAAUACCUGGAUAUUGGAGAGAUUGAAGGAAUUUUCGCCCCAAGCAAUGCCUCUUACAAAGCCGUGGCAUCGUGGCUCCAGUCUCAUGGGGUGAAGAACUUCGUCAAACAAGCCGGCAGUAUUUGGUUCUACACUACUGUCUCUACCGCAAACAAGAUGCUUAGCACAGAUUUCAAACACUAUAGCGAUCCUGUUGGCAUUGAGAAGCUGCGUACUCUUCAGUACUCGAUCCCAGAAGAACUAGUCGGCCAUGUUGAUCUCAUCUCGCCUACAACAUAUUUUGGAAACAACCACCCCGCGACAGCGAGAACACCCAACAUGAAGGCCAUUAACGUAACCUACCAAAUCUUUCACCCAGACUGCCUUAAAACGAAAUACGGCGUUGAUGGCUAUGCCCCAUCUCCAAGAUGUGGCAGCAGGAUUGGUUUUGGCUCAUUCCUCAACGAAACUGCCAGUUAUUCGGAUCUUGCGCAGUUUGAGAAGUACUUUGACCUUCCCAACCAAAACCUUUCCACCUUAUUGAUCAAUGGCGCAAUCGACGUUCAGCCACCUUCCAACAAAAACGACAGCGAGGCCAACAUGGACGUUCAGACCAUCUUGACCUUUGUCCAACCUCUUCCUAUUACUGAGUUUGUUGUUGCCGGAAUCCCGCCGUAUAUUCCUGAUGCGGCUUUGCCGAUCGGCGACCCUGUCCAAAACGAGCCGUGGCUGGAAUACUUUGAGUUUUUGAUGUCCAGGACCAACGCAGAGCUUCCCCAGGUCAUUGCCAACUCAUACGGUGACGAGGAACAAACGGUACCACAGGCGUAUGCCGUCCGAGUAUGCAACCAGAUUGGGCUGUUGGGCCUUCGCGGUAUAUCCGUUAUCGCAUCAUCUGGCGAUACGGGUGUUGGAAUGUCUUGUAUGGCUUCGAACAGCACUACUCCUCAGUUUAACCCCAUGUUCCCGGCUUCGUGUCCUUAUAUCACCACUGUCGGUGGAACUCAGCACCUUGAUAAUGAGAUUGCUUGGGAGCUUUCAUCGGGAGGCUUCAGUAACUAUUUCACAAGGCCAUGGUAUCAAGAAGACGCAGCCAAAACAUAUCUUGAACGUCAUGUCAGCACCGAGACAAAGGCAUAUUACGAACGUUACGCCAAUUUCUUGGGACGCGGCUUUCCCGACGUUGCAGCACUUAGUCUCAACCCCGAUUAUCCAGUGAUUAUUGGCGGAGAACUUGGUCCCAAUGGAGGCACUUCUGCGGCCGCACCCGUCGUCGCUAGUAUUAUUGCACUCUUGAACGAUGCACGCCUUUGCCUAGGCAAACCUGCCCUUGGGUUCUUGAACCCCCUGAUCUAUCAAUAUGCUGAUAAGGGUGGCUUCACGGAUAUCACGUCCGGCCAGUCUUGGGGCUGUGCCGGAAAUACCACUCAGACGGGGCCUCCUCCCCCUGGAGCUGGUGUCAUUCCGGGGGCACACUGGAAUGCGACCAAGGGAUGGGAUCCUGUAACAGGAUUUGGAACCCCGAACUUCAAGAAAUUACUCUCACUGGCCCUGUCCGUCUAA